AUAAGCCAUCAUUCCCAAAAUUCCUACCCCUACCCCUACCCCUACCCCUACCCCUAACCCGACUGAGAGAAAAAGAGAUAAGAGGAAACCGAGAGAGACUUGGGUGUCUCAAAUCUCAAAAGUAUGGAGAGAAAGAAGGAUAGCUCCAAAUUGAACAUCGCCAUCUUUCAUCCCGAUCUUGGUAUAGGUGGUGCUGAAAGAUUAAUAGUUGAUGCGGCUGUUGAACUUGCAUCCCAUGGCCACAAUGUUCAUAUUUUUACUGCUCACCAUGAUAAAGAUCGCUGUUUUGAGGAAACGCUUGCUGGUACCUUUUCAGUUACAGUAUAUGGUGCCUUCCUUCCCCGACAUAUUUUCUACCGUUUUCAUGCUUUAUGUGCAUAUCUGCAGUGCAUUUUUGUUGCUCUUUGUGUGCUGUUCAUGUGGCCUUCAUUUGAUGUUAUACUAGCAGAUCAGGUCUCUGUUGUCAUUCCAUUAUUGAAACUUAAAAAGCCAAUGAAGGUUGUAUUCUAUUGUCAUUUUCCAGAUCUGUUGCUGGCUCAACACACUACUGUUCUCAGGAGGAUAUAUAGGAAACCAAUUGACUUCAUAGAAGAAAUAACCACUGGAAUGGCAGAUAUGAUACUUGUUAACAGCAGAUUUACUGCAUCUACCUUCGCAAAUACAUUCAAGCAUCUUCAUACUCGGGGACUUCGACCAGCUGUUCUUUAUCCAGCUGUUAAUGUGGAUCAGUUUGAUGAACCCCAUUCAAAUAAGUUGAAUUUUCUGUCCAUCAACCGAUUUGAAAGAAAAAAGAAUAUAGAUCUAGCAAUUUCAGCCUUUGCUAUGCUUCACAACCUUGAAGGAGAUGUCCUCCAAAAUAGUAACCUGGAUGAUGCUUCAUUGACCAUUGCAGGUGGAUAUGAUAAACGCCUGAGAGAGAAUGUUGAAUACCUGGAGGAGCUUAAAAGCUUAGCAGAAAGGGAAGGAGUGUCUCAUCGGGUUAACUUCAUUACAUCAUGCUCAACAGAUGAAAGAAACGCACUUCUCUCCCAAUGUCUGUGUGUACUUUAUACACCAAAGGAUGAACAUUUUGGGAUUGUUCCAUUGGAGUCCAUGGCAGCUCAUAAACCUGUUAUUGCAUGCAAUAGUGGUGGCCCUGUAGAGACAAUUAAGGAUGGGGAAACAGGAUUUCUUUGUGAUCCUACUCCACAAAAGUUCUCUUUGGCUAUGGCUAAACUUAUUCAGGACCCUACAAUGGCUAAGAGAAUGGGUGAAGAGGCCCGGCGACAUGUUACUGAGUCAUUUUCCACAAAGAUAUUUGGCCAGCGACUAAAUCAAUAUAUUCUUGACAUUGCUCAGCCUAAGAGAGACUAAGAAUAGUGAACAUGGCAUUAAGAAGAUGACAAAGAAGAUAAUAAUAUCUAUAUGCAUAGCUCUUGAUCUUUUUGGUAACAUAGGACAGUGUUGUCCCAUAAUGAAUUCAUGAAUAGUGAAUCAUCUGUGUAGUUAGAGAGGAACAUUUCAUUAUACUCCAUGCAUUUGAAUUUCAGUUGCUCAGUUGGAAGUUCACUAAGAGCUAACAGGAUUUUGGUGUAUUUGAUUACAUUCCGGU